GAAAAAGUAUGGCGGGAGAAAGUCCGUUUUGAGAUGCAAUGAUGAUUUCUUGUUAAAUAUUACGAAAAACUGAUGUGAUCUAGACGGAAACAUUUUUGGAUAUAAAAGAGAUAAAUAUUUGUUAUGAGUGGUAAAAUACGUGGAAGAAGAGGGAGGCCGCUAGGAUCUGUGAAGGAGAUAAAUAACAACUUGCUUCCUGUCUGUCGAGAUCAUCAACGACCUGGAAAAGAAACAAUGAAGCCAUCGAAACCAGUGACCUUCAAAUUGGAUCAAGAAGUACUGGCUAGAUGGAAUGAUGGCUUGUUUUAUUUAGGCUCCAUUGUCAAGAUUGAUGAAAAGAAUGGACGUUGCUCUGUGAGUUUUGAAGAUAAUUCAGAAUAUUGGAUAUUGUAUAAAGAUAUACAGAUUGGUGCUAUACAGGGAGAAAUUGUUUGUUGUAUUUGUCAGGAAGAAGCCUCUGAUAAACCAAAUGAAAUUGUUCUCUGUGAUAAUUGUGGUUUAGGUUACCAUCAACAGUGUCAUAAUCCACCUAUACAAGGAGAUGUACUGAAACCUGAUGUUGAGUUUUUAUGUAGACUGUGUGUUUUUGCUACAAAUGUGAAGAAAGGAGGGGCUUUAAAAAUGGGUCCAAAUGCCAAAACAUUUCAAGAUAUGAAGCAAUCUCUUCCCUAUAAUCUACAUAGAUUAACAUGGGAUGCUCAACAUAAAACUAAUGUAGAACAGUAUUAUUGUUAUUGUGGUGGACCAGGAGACUGGUAUUCUAAAAUGUUACAGUGCUGUAGAUGUCGACAAUGGUUUCAUGAAGCAUGUAUUCAGUGUUUAGAACAUCCUCUAUUAUAUGGUGAUAGAUUUUAUGUCUUUGUGUGUUGUCAUUGUAAUAAUGGACCCGAAUAUAUCAAACGUAUAGAAAUGAAAUGGGUAGAUCUGUUACAACUAGUAUUAUUUAAUCUAACUAUACAAGGUGUGAAGAAAUAUUAUGACAUAGAAGAAGUCGUGGCACCAUUUAUAAUAAAUAAUUUACAAGAUAUGCAAGUUUCAAAUCUAGAAGUUGGUUCUAUGCAGCAAGUUCAACAUAAAAUAACAGAAAUAUGUCAACAUCAUAAAACAAGGUUUUGUUCUGGUAGAGAAAUUAGAAAAAAAUCGACGCUAUGGGGUUUACGAGUGAGGAUACCUCCACCUGCUCCAACCAUAAUAUUGCCAAUAGAUGGACCUAUUACUGAUGAUGUCAUGGCUAAUUUACAGAUGAAAGGGAAAAAAACUAAAACAUUUGUUCCUAUUCAAUGUAAUUCACCAAUACCACUACGAUAUCGUAAGAAUGGACUAGAUAUUGAUGAUUCUAUUGUGUUUAAAAGUGAGAAAGCCAAGAAACUCUUGCAAGAAGCUACCACCAAGAAUGUAUUGUCUGAAUGUCAUAGUUUUAACCAAUCAUAUACUGGCUACGAUGGAAGUCCCAUUCAUACCACAUUCUUCUCUCAAUUUGAAAAAUUUGUUAGUGCUGAACCUAAAUCACGAUCCAAACCAACAAAAUUAAAACAAUUUUCAUUGGAUAACAUUAUACCUCAUGUAGAUAAUUUCGAAGGUGCCAACCACCCAUUUAAAACAGAACUCGAACAAAACGCAGAAUUGGAACAAAAAAAAUACUUUCAACAGAAGAUAUUAGAUAUAUGUGAAUCAAUAUCAUUAAGUGAAAGUGCAUCAUUAUGUGAAACUACGUCAUUAUCAGAAAUGGAUAAUAUGUCAUGUACAUCAUGUGAUCAAUUAGAGGACCAAUUAGAGACACCCCCCAUUUUAGGACAAAAACGGAGACGUUCCCAGCGUCAGUUAUUUAAUCUAGACAUUAACAGCAAUGUUAGAAAACGUAAAAGAAAAUCAAAAUCGUCCCACGUAGAAAAUGUUGUGAGUUCAGAAGUGAUUGAAGCAGUGAAGAACACACAAGUUGAUAUAAAUAAACUAAAAUCGAAAGUAGGAAGCUAUUUAGGUAAAGAAGAUCGUCUAGCUCAAACUGAUAAAUUUAAUGUGAUUGCUCAGAGAGUGACAGUAGAGGGAAAGAUUCAAUAUUUAGUUGAGUGGGACUAAUCUAGUAUUAAAAUUACAAGACCUCUCUGAUUGUUGACUUUAGUCGUAUGAUUUGUGGGUAUCUGUCUUCAUUUGAAAUAUAGUUGUGCUUAGCUACAUGUAGAUGUACAUGUACCACUAAUUCUUAAGCAAAGAAACAUAACUAGAAUUAUUAGUGAAUGUGCCAAAUUAAUUACGUCAAAUAGAGCUUGUUACCUAAUUCAAUACUUUAUUUUGGUCAAAAUCAGAGGUUUAUAAUAUAUUUUAAUAUUAUGUGUGAUAUUUUCUAUUUUAUUAUUUAAAAGAAUGGGGUUUCACAGCUUGUCAACAUAACCCAUCAGGUUUUUUGGGGUAUUUUUUAAGAGGAACAUAUAUAUAUGGCAAUUCUUCUAAUUUGUCCUAAGGUCACCCAGAAAAUCUAGUCUUCGAUUUGGCUCUUUGAUAUUGUGAUGGUACUCCAUUUAAUUAAAGCCUAGAUACAUGGGCUAGUUAUUCUUUUGAUGUUAACCCCUUCAAUUUCGAACUGCAUGAUCGAGUUGAAUAAUUAACAUAUUUUUUGGGGUACAAGUUGAUACUUGUACCUGGCAUUAAAGGAAAUUUUUAAAGCUGAGUUGAAGAUAUAUUUGGGUAAAACAAAAGUAAGAGGUCAAGUUCUAUUUAAUUUGGAUAAGAGAAUAUCACCAACUUAAUAUAAAUAUUUGAACAUUGCUAAGUUGCUGGUGUUGUAAUUACUACAAGGCAACAACAUUAUUUUGUGCAGUAGCUGAAUUUUGGCAAUAUAAACAAAGAUAUAAAAAAAAGAGGGGGGGGGGUAACAUUUCAAGAAAUUUGUAAAUUGUACAUAUCAGGACAGUGAAUAUGAACUCUAGAAAUAUGUGUAGCUACCUUAUAAACUAAGGAUGUCACGGUUCAAAAAAUGUUGAACUCUUUAUUUGGUCAUUAAAACCGCAACCAGUUUACCGAUUUAUUCACUUUAAUAUAAAAAAAAUUGUAUUAAAAUAUCUGUUGCACCAGGAAGACAUGGUAAUGCAGGUCUAAAUUAUUAGUAUUAUAGCUUUUAAGUUAACCCCAGUACAAAUUCCAUUCAUUCAUUCAUUCUUGACAUUUCAUUUCUCCAUCUUGGUGGUACUUUGAUCUGUAGUAGUUUGACAGAUCAUGUAUAGACCAGUUGAAAUCCGGUUGAUGGAUGAAAUUCAAAAAUCUAAUCCACCAAAUUGAUGCAGAAUUUUAUAAGAUAAAGUUAUACCAUAAAUAUUUGGAAGCAUACCUUGUCAGCUAAUUUCAAACAAUUUCCUACAGGUGUUCGUUUCACUAGCCAUGCUGUAUGGUUCCAGUGACCUGUGUAUUUUCAACUUUGACCCCAUCGGCACAUGGAAUCGCAUUCAAGUAUAUAAUAGAAUUUUAUGAUCCUGUCUAUUUUAAUAUUUCAUCACAUCAAACUGUUUUGUUACCUUUUGAGACUUUUUUUUAUAGAAUAACAAGGUUAAUAAAUACUGUGAACCAAUUAAUUUGUCAAUCAGUCAAGGCUAUCUUAUGCUUGCCAGAGAGCUAAUAAUGUAUUCAAAACUUCCAGCAGGAAUUUAAAGUUUUCAGUGAUUUAUUACAAAUGACAAGUGCAAUAUAAAGUAUGUAUGUGGUCUUUGUUGAAAGAAAACAAUGUUGUAGCUGUUGUUCCUGAGUUUGAAAGUCAGAUAUUAUAUGAAAAUGAAUAUCAGUGCUAUGAACUGUUCUGGGGUAACCCAGUGGUGUAUAGUUUUGUUGUUGAUAAUCUAUAUAAAUAAAAAAUUUAAAUCGGUGUUAUUGGCAUCUUGUUAAUGUCAUUGUAUACUGUGAUGGUGUUAGCCAACAGUAAGUUAUCUGAAUGGAGUUACUUAGUGACAAUAACUUACUUAUUGAAUGUAUCAUUGCAACUAAUGAUUUUGACCCACCAGUUAGUUUUGAUCUUCUCUGAAUUGUUAUACAUGUAUGUGCACGUGUCUUGAAAAGAUGUUGGUUCUUGGAGAAUCUUUUUUGAUGUAAUUUGACUAUAGAUGUAGUUACAUCGCAGAUGUUCAUAUAAGAUCGUACGCGAACUUUGAGACAAAUCUGCUAAGCCAUUGCUGAUACAUAGACGUUUUAAGAUUUUACUGUUCAAAUCUUUUAGUUUCAAAAUGCCAAAUCUUUUAAUCCUUUAUAUUAAUUUAUUAAAGGUCGAAAUGUCAUGCAUUUUGAAGUUAAAGAAGAUUAACCUGUAAUCAUAUCUUUAGUCAAAUUCCUACUUCUAAAAUUGUUAUUUAAAACCUAAGUGAUAUUCUUGUUAGGGUAUACUUACUGUGGUCUGAAAACAGUUUUGAAAUGCCAAGAAACUGUUCCAGAUUAGUUUUAUAAAAAACAUAAACAAUUGUCUAUUGAUCAUAUAUUUGUUUUUGCACAUUGUUCAGUCAGAAAUCAUUCGUGAUCACUAAACCUAUGGCUUACAUGGACAGCCUAAUUGGUGAAAAUAAAUGAUUAUGUGCAACAGCAAGAGUUGUCACAUGUACCAUCUACAUUUAACACCAGAAAAUAGACACUUUGGGGGCAGAAUGCUAUGCAUACCAUUCAACAUACCAGAACAGUAAUUUGAAGAGUAAUAUUCAACUUUGAUGUAAAUAUGUAUAUUUGUAUGAUAGUCAAUUUAAUGUGUAAAAAGACAACAAUAUAUAAAAGAGAAAUCUCUAUGCAAUUAUUUUAUUUGAAAACAAAUUAUUGAAUAAAACUCAAUAUGAUUUUA